AUGUUAGACCGGCUGCAAGACUUUAAAAACUUUAGAGAUAACUCAAAUGCUGAAAUCCCAUUAAUUCCUAAACAAGAAGAUGAAGGAGCAACUGGUCCUUUUAUGCUUCAUAUUCGUAAAGCACAAGAAUCCAUUGAUCGAGUUAGAGUCAAUAAUAAUAACAUUAGACAAUUAAGAGAAGAGCUCAACAGAAGUGUUAGGACAGAGCAAGAAAUCGAAAUAAAUAACAGACUCAAAGAAAACUUAAGAGAAAGCAAUAAAGAGCUGAACGCAGUAAGAGAUGUGAUAGAAGGACUAAGCAAAGAAAUUGAUGAAGUACGGAGUCAAAAUGAUAUUGAAAGCCGAAUGAAGAUAACAAUGCAUGCAACACUCGCGCGGCAAUUUCAAGACGCAUUGGCAGAAACUGAAAAAACAGAAGCUGCAUUUUGGCAAGCAGCUCGAAAUAAAACGUCAAACCAGCUUAGAAUGGUUGAUCAAAAUAUAGACGAUGCCACUAUUGAAAGAUGUUUAGAAGACCCUGCUCAAGCCCAAAUGAUAGUUAAUAAACAGAUGAUGGGUGCUCAUCAUGAAAUCAUAUCAAUGGUACACAAUAUAGAAGAUAGGCUAGAAGACAUAAAAAUGCUUGAAAACAAUGUGAACAUUAUGCAUAGGAUGUUUUUAGAUAUGGCAGCAUUAGUCCAUUCGCAAGGUGAAAUUCUCAAUAGUAUUGAAACUCAUGUAGAAAAAGCAACAGACUUUGUUAAAAAGGCAGAAAAAAAUUUAACAGAAGCAAAAAGACAUCAGGAAAAAACCAGGUGGAGGAAAUGCUGCCUACUUGUGAUAGCUUUGGUUAUUCUUAUUAUUGUUGUUGUCCCAGCAACUACUGCAACUAAAUUAUAA